AACAAGUGGAUGCUAGUUGAAACGUUCGAUAGUUUCCAAAAUCAUGUCAAGUUGCUUGAGUUAACGUUAGCACUUUUUGGCGCGUCUUGAUUUUGUUCCUUUGCACGCCAGACUUGUUACGCAGCUGUGUGGAGGAGACACCACCGCCAUCAUGAUUCGACAGGGGAACGUCACAUGGACGACGACCACAACUGUGACCAAAAAUGGGAAAACCGUCAAAACCAAAGACAGCGGAACCGGAAUCCCUGGUGGGGGUCGGGCUGGGCGGGCUUCUGACCCCAUGUUUGACAGUUUCCUAUCUGUCAACCCGCAGCCGAGACGGGCCUCGUCCCCAUCUUUGUUUGUACAUGACCCCACCAUGGGAUUUGGUACGACCACGUUCCACACGGAAGUGAAGAAGUCAGGAACUCUUGACAAGAAAAAGAAGAAAGAGAAAGACGCAGAUGGCGAUAGCAAAGAGAAGAAGCCAGGAAUUAAAGAUAAGGUGAAGGGGUUCGUCUCAUCAUUGACAGCAAAGUCUCCGACUCCCGAGGAAGACGUGACCCAGAAGAUGAAGAAAACCUCCGUUAGCGACCUCGGGCCGGUGGAAGUGUUCAUUUCCUACCAGUGGGACCACCAGAAACAGGUGAUCCAGCUCCAUGACACGUUGGAGGAGAAGGGCCACAGCUGCUGGAUGGACAUUAAGGAGAUGGGCGGGGGAGACCAGCUGUACGCCGCCAUAGACAGGGGCAUGAGGCAGGCCAAGGUCGUCAUCAGCUGCGUCACUCCGAAGUACACUGAGUCUGCCAACUGUAGGAACGAAGUCGCGCUUGCGCACAGCCUGCAGAAGACAAUCGUGCCCGUCCUGCUGGAGAAAACGGCCUGGCCGCCAGAGGGCCCCAUGGCCAUGCCGUUCGCACAGCUCCUGUACAUCGACUUUUCAAAAGAAUCCAAGCGGAACCCUUGGCAGGGGCCGCACUUUGACGAACUUAUGACAAGCGUUGAGCACUGUCUGAAGAAAUAGUUCUCGUUCCUUCAUGUUUUCUCGAACUUAAAGGCACAAAUACUAGUAUGUGAUAAUGUCCAGUCGGAGAAAACCCAAAACCAUGGACCUAUUGCUAUGCUGUCUUGACAGUGUAUUUUCGAUCUACCUGCUCAAUUGUAACGUUACUGGUAACGACUGUAAUAGGAUUUUAGUCGUUUCCCUAUGCUCAGUGUCUGAUAUAUACAUGUUUAAGGAUUAAACGGUGUGUUAGUAUAGAAAAGGGAAAGAAUUGGAUAGCAGUAUAGAAACAUUGAAGCAAGAGGGAAAUGAUUGUACAUGUACAAUCAUUUAUUUCUGAACGCCUCAAGAGAAAAAAAUUAAACAACGGCAAGACAUGCCAAUAAUUUUGAAUAAAAGUUCGAUGCGUUAGAUAGAGAUUAGCAGGCUUGCACUGACUUGCGGUGAGAACUCAUGAACCCAAAUAGCAAAUCUUACAAGCGCAGAUAAAGAAUUUUAUCGUACUACAUCUGCAAGAUUUGAUAUGCACUGUCUGUCUCUACGGUGUGUACAGUAUUACUUGUUCUGGUAUUCAGGUAUUGAUUUGAAAUAAGGAUCAUGUUUGUUGGUCUGUUACAGGUUUGAAUAGAGUGUACAUGGAUUUUAUAUACUAGUACGCACAGGUAUCUAGAAGAAGAUUAAAUGUGUUUUCUUGCAAAUAUAUCUGGUUGACCACCGUGAAUGCAAAAUUACGUUUUAUCAUGAAUGAGGAUUUUUUAAAGCUUUUCAAAAUUACAGCAUCUUCUACUCAUGCAGCGUUCGUUAAACGUCAGACAUAAACCAGGAUGACUCGAUACAUUCGUCAGUUUGUAAGAUACAUGUUUAUCCGAAGUGCUGGCAGAAACACAGUCAUGUAAAUAAACAGUCAAAAGAAUGGUCGUAAUGGCCAGGUGCUUGUUUGGGCAGGUUUGACUAUAUUGUCUUUGGGAACCUGUCUAUAUGUCAUCGUUAUCUGCAGCUCGUUUGCAAAGGUUUCUCCAUCAGAUGUAUUUCAUAUACUAGUACUUGCUUUACCGCAGGAUAUUCUUUUUUCAUGGAGCCCUUGGUACAGUGCCGAAGCUACAAAACGUCUUGAAAUUCUCAGUCAAGAAUAAACUUAACGUAACCAACAAAUUUUGGGCUGACUCCAUCAACAUUAUUCAUGGUAUAGACUCAUCUUUUGCUACCUCCGGGACGUGACAUUAUAGCCACGUGACUGCAGCAACCGGACGUGCCAGAUAAACUGUGUCGCCCCCCGUCUCUGUUUCGUCCUCACUCAUUGUCAUACUAAGUCUUGAAAUCUAUUUUGCCAAGGAUAAAGUUAUUGAAUAAGGAUGGUUCUCGGGUAGAUCGUUCUCAAGCCUGUUUUUUUUUAGCUGGCCUUAUGAGUUUUAGUGCUGUAAAAAUUUCCCAGAGUAGCCUAAUACUCUGGGCUGUAAUAUAAAGAAAUACAGACAAAGUAUCGAAUCAAUCACCCUGACAAAUAUCAAUAUCAAUAACAGAAUGCAAAGACAGGGUUUGAAGUAUUUCUUAUAGCUUGCAGAAGCUUAUCGGUCCAUUCGACCAUGUACAAAAAGUACCAAAUGAAAGUAAAAAUGCGAGUUUUAAAGCAAGCAUAGUCAUAAACUGUCCCACAUUUACAUUAUCAGCAUGUCAAACACACCCUCUAAGCAACAACUACCAACACAUCUGUAACCUAACGUAGUUUACAGUUACAGUUACAUUCUUUUCCACCACUUGAAAUAGAACCAAGUAUUCUAUAAGAGCCUGAAACGUACACAAAAUCUUAUCUACCUAGUCAUA